GAGAAAUAAACCAAACAGUAUUACUGACAUAAACAACUAAAUCAACAAAAAUCCUGUUGUACAAAUAAGAGUACCGAUGUGCCGUUCUCCUUAAAUUAGUGUUUAGUCACUUCUCGCUUCGUCUGUAGUGCCACAUUUUUCAAACUUUGAAGCAUUGGUGUAUGCAUGCUGCUGAGGUCUAGUCAUCGUCAUCGAUGAGUCUUUUCUUGUUUUGACGGGCGUAUCGGUGGAUGACAAUGGCUAGUUAUAAAAUGACCAAUUACUAUUUGAGUCUGUUUUCGUUUAUACCCUUUUUAUUGUGCUUUUGCUGUUCGACUUACCAAGAACGCCAGUUGGUUGCAGAACUUUAUCCUAACAGCACCAAUGUAGAAAUUGUCCAUGUUCGUGCUGUUGGGUCAAAUGACACACUUCACUAUGUUUGGUGUUUUCGCUCCAAACCAACAGUGUUACUAGCUCUAACGUCUCAUGCUUCAAACCUAUCAGUUCUGUGGGAACAGUUCCCCAGCACUGCCAACAGCAUUUCCUUUGAACCUAAACCAAUAUACUCAUUUGGAGUGUCAGUGAAUCAGUUAUAUGAGUUCAAUGAUGUAAAUGACACAGGACUCUUAGAUAUGAAUAACUCUAGUGAAUCAUAUAUUCACACUAUAGACAUGCCUGACACUUGGGAAAUGAAAGACAUUGAGCAAAAUCUUGAUUUUGUACGUCUGGUAAUGGAAGGUUCCUGGAAAAAUAAUGAAUCGUUUGUAAAGCAGGGAACUAUAAGGAUUGAGCUUGAAACCUAUAGAGAACAAGGUCAUGGUUCAGACUUACCCCACUUGAUGCACUCUACAAAUGCUACUCAAUUGGAGUUUAGCAUGCGUAACAUGAUUACUAAUUCUAGUUUCAAGCAGAGUAGGUUUGCAUCUGAACUCAUUUUAGCUGCAAAUGAAAGUGCUAAAAGUAGUGUUUUUCCUACUGCAUACAAAAGUUUUGAUGAUGAACAUACACCAGGAGUUUUUACAUUAGUUGACCUACAAACUACAGCAAGUAGAGAGCAAAACAAAGGUGGUUACAUGCAGUGGCGACCUGUGGCUUAUGUGGCAGAUGAAAGGGACAUAGUAAAUUCUACAGAGACAGCAUUUUAUGAUAUAAAAAAUAUUACAAAUACAUCAUCAAAGUGUGAUGGAACUUUAUUGGCAGCAUACUUUGGUGACAAUCUUAGUAAGAAUCUUUUAAAUGCACUGAAUAUUUCAUUUGGAGCAAAAGACGAUGGUUUCUAUGCUCAAAAUAAUAUGUCAAUCUGGACUAUUACCAUAGGAUAUGGUCAUCCUCCAGAUGAAAACUUCUCACUCUUUCUUAUCUUAAUUAUGAGCUUUGGUUUAGGAUUGCCUACAGUUAUCAUAAUGAUUAGUGGAUUGUAUAUUGCCCUCCGCAGAAUAACAUACCGUAAAGAUGAUUUAUUUCUUAGUGAAUAGAUUGAUUUGAAAGCUUUGUUUGAAAGACUGUGUUUUAAUAUGCGUCAAAGUACCUUUUGGUAGAGAUAUGCACAUUAUCAGCAUUAAGUGGAUCUUUGAUAUUAGCUCCCUAUUUUAUAAUCUCAAUAUUUUUUUCUUUCUUAUUAAAUACUGACAUCAGUUUCCUAUUAAAGUCAUUCUGGCUGUGUUGAAGUGUUUUGUGAUAUGCUAUCGAGAUUGUAAAAGAUUUGUUCAGUGAUGUAUAUUUUUGUGUCUAGUUUGGGUAAACACUGGAGGGAUUUAAAGGAUAAAUGCCAAAGCCAUUGGGGGAAAAAAAACAUCUACGUAUAUAUUUACAGCUCUAUUUUUAUUGGUGAGUUGGACUUUCAUCUGAGGUAAAUUUGGAACAGCAAUGUCAAUUGUUCAUGUGAAGUUUAAGGUCAGGCAUUAUUUCCUAGUUCCUAUAAUGUCCUUGCCAGUGCAAUUUUGUGUUUUAACAAAUCAAAGGCAACAAAUAAAUUUAAAUGAAUUGCUGAAAAUCCUUUUUAGUUUUGUAAGGAGGGUUCUUUCCAAGCCAGUUUCUUGUUAUUUCUGUUGUCAGUGUCCUCUCAUUUUUGUGGCGAGACUUUACUUGCUCAAUGUGGACUUGUCUGCAACUUAUUAAUAUUUUUGUGUAAUGAUUAGUCUUUGAACUAGGUGUAAUCACAGGUCUUAUCGGAACCCUGCAUUUUGUAUCCUGAUCAUACUUGAUGUGUGGUUUUCCUCUUAUACAUUUUAAUCACUUUGACAGUGUAUAAUGCCAAAGGUGCCAUCCAAGUUGGGGAAUUGUGUUUAGAUUAUAAUUAAUUUACUGGAAGUCAAGUAUCAAUGAAGGAAUAUUUUCUUA